CUUUACGGCAACACCGAGGUAGGCGGGGCUAGGAAGGGACGUGAAGGAGCGCCAUCACAGACCGCUGCACGCUGCAGGCAGUGCGAUUGUAAUCAUGACUAGAAAGAGGCACAUGGAUGCGAAGAGGGCACGGCCGAUGCGGAAACGCACGAGAAUUGAUUUAGAGAAGAAAAUGAAAAUGAUAACAAAAUUCGAAGAUGGACAAAAGUUGACGGCGGUAGCGCGAGAAUUCGGUCUGGCAGUAUCAACAGUGUGUACGAUUGUAAAGGAUGCCGCCCGUAUUAAAGAACACGUGAAAGGAUCUGCACCUUUAAAAUCAACAGUAAUAACCAAACAACGUUCAGGUGCUAUUUAUGAAAUGGAAAAAAUAUUAAUAAGCUGGAUAGAAGAUCAAAACCAAAAAAAUCUUCCGUUAAGUCCGAUGAUUAUUCAGACAAAAGCCAGAAGUCUUUAUGGAGAGAUAAAGGGAACAUUUUCCGAUGGUUCUCAGUCAUUUUUGGCAAGCAGUGGUUGGUUUCAUCGUUUUAAGAAUCGUGCUGGUCUUCAUAACAUGAAAACGUCUUGUGAUGCUGCUAGUGGUGAUACAGCCGAAGCUGAAACGUUUUCCGACUUGUUAAAAGAAAUAAUCCGAGAAGGAGGUUAUUUGCAGCAACAAAUUUUCAAUGUUGAUGAAACUGGAUUGUUUUGGAAAAAAAUGCCAUCUCGCACUUAUAUUUCUGCAGAAGAAAGAAUAACCCCAGGGCUCAAAGCUGGAAAAGACAAACUGACUGUUUUGCUGGGAUGUAAUGCUUCUGGUUGCUGUAAGCUUAAACCACUGAUUGUCUAUCAUUCGGAAAAUCCACGCACGUUGAAGGGCAUAAGUAAGGCAACUCUCCCCGUUUAUUUUCGUUCAAAUCCAAAGACAUGGGUUACUGUUGACAUUUUUGAGGACUGGUUUGUUAACUGUUUCAUCCCUGAAGUUGAGAAAUAUUGUAGAGAAAAUGGCAUUCCAUUCAAGAUUUUGCUUAUUCUUGAUAAUGCACCUGGUCACCCUGCUCAUUUAGAUGAUUUUCAUCCAAAUGUUAAAGUGUUGUUCCUUCCACCGAGCACCACUUCACUCGUCCAGCCGAUGGAGCAGGGUCUCACUGAAAACUUCAAGGCAUAUUAUUUGCGCACAACUUUUGCUCAGGCAGUGGCUGCUAUUGACAGAAAUCCCAAUCUGUCAGUCAGAGAAUUUUGGCAAUCCUACAGUCUUUACCAUGGCAUUCUGAACAUCGCAAAGGCCUGGCAAGAGCUUUCACCGAACUGCUGUGUUUCCGUUUGGAAAAGAAUGUGCCCGCAGUUUUUGCGUGGCUUCAAAGGUUUUGAAAAGGAUGAGACGUUUGAGGGAGUGGCAGACAAAAUUGUAAAGCUUGCUGAGGAAUUGGAUUUAGAAGUUGAUAAAAACGAUGUUGAAGAACUGAUUGAAUCACACGGAGAGGAAUUAACAGACGAAGAGCUUCUUGAAUUGGAAGCAGCUAAAGAUGCAACAGACGUUCAAGCUGUGGCGUUGGAAGAGCCAGAAGAGAAGCCGAAAUGUUUCAUAGCUGAAGAAAUGUCGAUUGCAUUUCGUGAGAUUGCAUCAGGAAUGGCCCGAUUAGAAAAAAUGGAUCCCAAUGCCUCGCGAUUCUUGAAAGUCCAGAGGGGGGUGGAUGAGUCGUUAGCCUGUUAUCGAGAGAUUUAUGAGGAGAAGAAAAGGGCAAUUGCCCUAAACAGCAGGAUAAGCAUACAAAAUGUACGGACAAAGUCGGAAGAUUUUGAACUGAAUGUGUCUGAAAAGUAAAACUGAUCACUCCGAAGAAUCUGCGUUAGUAACACCGCUAAAGAAGACUCAUUUAGAAAAAAAAUAAAUGAAUUAAUAUGGGGAUAUCUGAUUUUAAAGUUCACGAGUGAAAGGGUACAUUCUCAGCUGUGAUGUGAACCUUUUAGCAGAUGGGAGUUUCGGUUAGAAUCCCACGUAAUGGAGCUCUCACCAUGAGUUGUGAACCUUGGCUUUGGAAUGGCAAGAAGAUCUUUGUAUGUCACAGAUUGUAUAUGGCAAGCAGCAACAACAAUUAUGUGGAGUUAGAAUUAAUGGCUUUGUAAAUCUGCACCACAACUUUGAAGAUGACUUAAAUCAGUGUAGUCUAGCUAAAUUUGUUUUAUUCGUGGUCUCUUCAGCAGCCUUGUGAACCGGUCGUAUAUAGAUGAUCAUGUAUAUUUGUCAGAUAACAACGCAUUCAUAUUAGAAAUGGUAUCAGAGGCACGAUUGGGCCUUUGGUAAAGUAAAUCAAAUGAUAAUCUCGGGCACUUUUCAUUUCUUAUUGUCCAUAGGUGUACACAAAUGUAUGUUUACCGUAUCUCUCCUAGGGGUUAAAAUGUUCCUCGGACAGUGUCUAAAAGUCUAGAAUAAACCAGCCCUGGACUGAUCACUAAUCUGUCAAGAGUCCAUUUGAACUGUUCACCUUACUUUUGACUUUAGUGACAAAAAAAACAGAAUCUCCAAAGAAAGGGAGAAGAAACAAACUCCCAAGAAAUAGAAGUAUAGCCAAUAACUGAAGUAGGGCUAAAUCACCAGAACAUAAAGGUGUGGAGCCCCUACUAUCCCAUCAAAGCAACUACCUCUGCCUGAAGUUAUUACUGAACCUUUCUCUGAAUAACCAUCUGUUUGGAAAAUAAUCGAUCAUUCUUCUUAAAUGUUAUUGUUCAGUACUUGUGUUCAACAAUGAUUUAAGUUUUUUGUAAUAUUAUGGUAAGCAAUUAAGCAACAUGAGGCUAGUGAGCAUAUAGGUUGCAGAAUCGUUCUUUUUAAUUAUAAUUUUCUAUCUUUCAGUGGCAAAAGCAAACAAUACAAUGUCUAUGUUUAACACCAAAGGAAUAAAAUAUAAUGAAAAAUGCAA